CGUAGUGAAGCAGAAAGUAUUAACCUAUUAAAACGUAAAACUUCAGAAUCUAAUUAUGAAAAUAAUAAAAUUUCAAAGCAAAAGUAUAUACAUGUAUCAAAUCGUGAAGAUGAUCGUGAAGAUGAUCGUAAAGGUGAUUGUGAAGGUGAUCGUAAAAAUAGUGAAAAUGAAGAUGAUCGUGAAGAUGAUAUAAGUAGUAUUGGGCAAGAUGAUAAAGCUCAGAAUUUGAAGAAAAAUUUUCUGAAAACUACUCAAGAAGAGUUGAUUACAGAAAAUCAACUUUUUUUAAAUAAUUUAGUUAAAAGUUUUCUUACGAAAGAUUUUGAACGUCUAUUUCUCAACGAUGAGGAAGUUACCAUUAAUCAACAAAUAGAAUUACCAGGUUUUUUAAAUAAAGAUACUGAUUCAAUUUAUGCUUUUUUUAAAAGUUGGGUUUCUUUAUUUGAAAAACUUGGUUCAGCAAAACAUACUAUUGAGGAAGCAAGCAAAUUUCUGAGCUAUAAAGUUCUACGUGGUCUCAUAAGUAAAAAAAUACAAGAACUUUUCGGAAUUAGUAAUCGGCAUAAAAGAAGAUAUUGGGCAGGAGCAUGGCGAUUAAUUGAAUUGCUUCAUAUAACCGCCUGCCCUGCCACAAUUUUUAUUAAAGCAGGACUCAGUGCAAAUUAUCUUAUGUCAGCUUCUAAUAAUAAAUAUGAUAAAUUUCUUCAAAGUCUUUUAAACAAUGACCAAGUUUAUCAUCAAACCCCAAAAUUUAAUGCAUUGGUAAUACAAAAUAUAUUAAAUCUCG